GGUGCAGCUCCUGACGUCGCCGCUGUUCAGGUCGCAGAACAGCUUAUUGUACUGCACUCCUCAUUUUCUUGUGAUGGUAUGAGAUGAUACAGUGUCUGUGUGGUGAGAGGAAGCAGGUGAAUGUCACAGAUCCUUGCUGGCACGUUACUGAGUGUUUUUCUUGAAGCUGCUUAAGAAUUGAGAGAAAGUGCUUCGGUACCCCGGAGGGAAGAUCAGAUCUUAAGGCACCUUCCACCAGUCACAUCGGAGAAAUGUCCUACGUUUUUGUAAAUGAUUCUUCCCAGACUAAUGUGCCCUUGCUGCAAGCCUGUAUUGAUGGGGACUUUAACUAUUCCAAGAGGCUUUUGGAGAGUGGCUUUGACCCAAAUAUCCGUGACAGCAGGGGGAGAACCGGCCUUCACCUUGCAGCUGCCCGAGGGAACGUAGACAUCUGCCAGCUGUUGCAUAAAUUUGGUGCAGAUCUGCUGGCCACAGACUAUCAAGGAAACACAGCUCUUCACCUCUGUGGCCACGUGGACACCAUCCAGUUUUUAGUUUCCAAUGGACUCAAAAUUGAUAUUUGCAAUCAUCAAGGUGCUACUCCUUUAGUUCUGGCAAAGCGCAGGGGUGUGAAUAAAGAUGUGAUCCGAUUGCUGGAAUCUUUGGAAGAACAAGAGGUGAAAGGAUUUAACAGAGGAACCCACUCAAAACUGGAGACCAUGCAAACGGCUGAGAGUGAAAGCGCUAUGGAAAGCCAUUCUCUCCUCAAUCCCAACCUCCAGCAGGGUGAAGGAGUCCUCUCCAGCUUUCGAACCACAUGGCAGGAGUUUGUAGAGGACCUGGGCUUCUGGAGGGUCUUGCUCUUGAUCUUUGUCAUUGCUUUGCUGUCUCUCGGCAUUGCCUACUAUGUGAGCGGGGUGCUGCCCUUCGUGGAAAACCAGCCGGAACUGGUGCAUUAAAGGGGCUCAUGGGAGAUGGGCCAAAACCUAUCUCCUGGCACCCAGUAUUGGUUCUCCAUUUCUCAAAAGUUUUCUCAGUGCAAGGCAGUGAGGGCUGUACAUUUUUAUCUUUUCAUUUGUAACCCGUGUAGUACAGGGUCUGAACUUCAUGCUGUGGUCAAGUUUACUGCGUCCUAGUGCUACCUCUGACUCAGCCUGACUUCCCACAGAAACCUGUUCGUGGCCUCCUUGAUAAAAACAUGGAAUUGACUGAAGAAAAAGGGUUUCUUGUAUGAUUUGAUGUUGUUAGUGGUUUUGUUUUUAAUUUUGUUAAAGCCCCUUUUGUCUUUACGUUCUCUGUGGAGAGGAGAGCAAAACCUUUCAGCUUAAAACUUGAAGUACUUUUUUCAAACCCUCUGUGCCAAAUUAGUAGUUAGCCUCUGACUUAAUUGCAACAUUUUCUAGUCUAAUUAUAAAUCAAACAAAACUUCUGAAAAUGAGCUGCGCUUUCUCCAGAACUGCUUAAGUCGAUCUGGUGUUUAUCUUAGGGUAAUUUAAUUCUUAUAAUAAACUGUUGCUACAGUCUAUAGCCCUAUUUAUUAUCGGUUCCAUAAGCUAACUGUGUGGCCACAGCUGUAAUUGUUUGAUGCAUAGUCUUAUUUAGAGCGCGGUUACACUUUGCGUUAAGAGUCUUACGGGAUCAGUAAUUCUCUGACACCAGGAAAAGAUACAGUAUUUCCGAAUAAACAGCCCUGAACUGUAUUGUCCUUGUGUUGUAAACUUUUCAUGGGAGAUAGCAUUAUAUAAAUUGAAAUCUGGCCUCCAAACUUAUUGCAGCAUUCAACAGGGUUUGAAGGACUCUUUUGUUAAUAAUUCUGUAAUGUAUAAAUCACAUUCUUAGGUUAUUAUAAAAGCAUACUAAGGCUUAAUAAUUGUGCAUUGAGUAAAGUCAGAAAACUGUAGUGAAAACUGAUGGUUUUAUAUCUGAAACAGGUAUGUAAACAAAUGCUAGUUGAAUUGUUGCUAGACAGAAAUUGCAGUUACACUAGAAUUGAUACAUCUAUGAUCCUUUUGUUUCUUGGUAUUUCUUUGUAUUUAUUUAUGUGGUUGUGAGGCUUUUUUCUUUCAUGUGGCUUUAUCCUCUUGAAGAGCUCCUGUAAAGUUUCUGAUUAACUGGAUGCUUCAGUAUCACCUUUCAGAUUCUUGCUUUUAGGUUAGGUACAACCAAAAAUAAUCGUAUUUCAUAUAACUACAGCAAAAGAAAAAAAAAUCAGUUUGAAAGCUUUGGAAUUAGCUUUACAUUGUAAGUCUAAACAAAUAUGCAAAUUGAUUAAUUUAUUAAAUAUGUUGUAUUUUUUUAAGAUUUAAUGUUCCCUUUUAAGUGCAAUUUCUUUGUAUUCUAUUGCCUGCAUUCAUCAUUCUAUAAUACCACCAAUAAAUGUAUUUAUAAAUCCUUAA